AAAAGAAGCCGCUGCAUUGAGAAGCCUGUGCACUGCAACUAGAGAGUUGCCCCCACUCACCACUACCAGAGAAAAGCCCACGCAUCAACGAAGAACCAGCACAGCCAAAAAUAAGUCCAUGUAUCUCUGAGCAGCUAUCAAAGGGCUUCCUGGAAAGAAACAAAAAACAAAAAACCAUGUGCCCCAACUCAUGUGGCUCCAACUUAGCAGACAGAGGAGAAUCACAGGCGGGUAGACGUUGAGAUCAUCAGAGUGGACACAUUUUGUGAAGCCAUUGAACUCCGAACUCACUUGCAGCCCAAGGAAAGCCAUGCAGGAUGAAGAUGGAUAUGUCACCUUAAAUAUUAAAGCUCAAAAACCAGCUCUGACUUCAGUGGAACCUGCUUCCUCCCCUUUGUGGCGUGUGAUGGCUUUGACUCUGCUGGUCUUAUGCGUGGGGAUGGUUGUUGGGCUGGUGGCUUUGGGGCUUAUGUCUGUCAUGCAGCAAAACUACCUACAAGCCGAGAAUGAAAAUCUCUCAGGAACUCUGAAACUGUUAGUAAAGAAGGUCUGUCAAGAUUUAAUACAACUAUCAGGACAAAAGGAAAGUCAUAAGUGCAACCCAUGUGACACAAACUGGCGAUACUAUGGAGACAGUUGCUAUGGAUUCUUCAAGCACAACCUGACGUGGGAAGAGAGUAAGAAGUACUGUAUUGACGUAAAUGCUACUCUUGUGAAGAUCACCAGCAAGAGCAUCCUGAAAUAUCUCAAUAGCAGGACUGGAUUAAUUCGUUGGAUUGGAUUGUCCCGCCAGAAAUCCAGUGACGUCUGGAGGUGGGAAGAUGGCUCAGUUCUUUCCAAAGCUGAGUUGCAGCUUUCUGGAACUGGAACAGAAAAUAUGAACUGUGCUUAUUUUCAUAAUGGAAAAAUUCACCCUACCUUCUGUGAGAAUAGACAUUACUUAAUGUGUGAAAGGAAAGCAGGCAUAGUAAAGGUGGAACAACUACUUUAAUGCAAAGACAGGGGCAGAACAUCACGGAUAAGUGCUUGAUUGUACAAUAAAAGAUCUGGGCGAAGGAA